AUGGAAGCGCAUCAAGACCGAAACCAUACGACCGAUGAAAUAUCCAACAUUGCCCAUUUCGUCUACAUUCUUGCCGACGAAAGCAAGGGCUUCAAUUUCGAGUUUAGCCAUUUCCUGUCCAUGUAUGCAGCUCGGCUGUACUGGGAACCCGAUACCAUUUCCUACACACCAACGUCGACCCAGACGGCACAGCCAUCGCCAGAGCCAGGGACGGUGGAGGUGCCCUCCUUCGCACACAAUGGCGUCGAGAUCCAGGGACUCGAGCACAAGUCCGAUUUCGUCCGCGUCAAGGCCGUCCAGGAACACGGGGGCGUCUACAUCGACUGGGACGUCCAUGCGCUGCGGGACAUCAAGAGCCUGCGGCAGAGCGGCUUCAACGCCGUGGCGGGCAGGCAGGCCCACGGGCAGAUCAACAGUGGCACCUUUAUGUCGAAGCAGGGCGCCAGGAUGAUCGACUUGUGGGCCGAGGGCAUGCACGAGGCGUACAACGGAGGCUGGACCACGCACAGCAACGAGGUCAUUGCGAGGGUGGACGAGCUUCUCGUGCAGGAGCCUGGGGAGAUGCUUAUCAUGGAACGCGACGCCUUUGCACCGGGGAGCUGGGAGAGCAAGGACACAGAUAACCUCUUUCAAAGUCAUGAUGAACCUGCUGGCUUCACGGAGAAUGAGCUCGCCGCCAUGCGCAGCCUGGGACUGGCCGAGUCCGAGACGCCUGGGGAUAUCCCGGAAUGGGCGUGGAAUUGGUCGCACCCAUAUCUUCUUCACGCCUUCAGUCCGUAUCGCUGGCAUCAAAAGGUGGACGGCUACGACCACAUUUCGCCGGCGCGCAACAGAGGCGCGCACCGUCGCGACCCCAUCGCCAAGAAAACCGUCAAACCGCCCACAGAUCCCGAGCUCGCUGCUCUGCGCGAGUCCAAGAUCUUGCCCGUCGUCAAGGACCUCCAGAAUGCGGAUCCCAAGCAGCGAAGCACGGCCGCCUCGGCCAUCUCCAGCAUCAUCCAAGACAGUAGGUGUCGCAAGCUCCUACUGCGGGAGCAGAUUGUGCACAUCGUCCUCACGCAGACCCUCACCGACGCGGCCCUGGAGAGCAGAGCAGCAGGUUGGGGCAUCCUCCAAGUCCUGGCACAGGAGGAGGAGGCCGACUUCUGUCUCCAUCUGUAUCGCCAGGAUGUCCUAUCCGCCAUGGAGUUUGCCUCGAAAAUGGUCUCGAACAAGCUGUCAUCCAAGGACCCCGUGCCAGCUGCCGAGAAGUCACUGCUCGUGAGCAUUACCGGCUCCAUCAUCUCUUUGUCUUCAGCAUUGGCUGAGGCGCGGGACGAGAUCCUCGAGGCUGUCGCCAACAACGCGGCCAUUACGAGCCUAAUCUUCAGCAUUGUCAUUCAUGGCAACAGCGACGAGGGCCUCGCGGCGCUGCGCAUGGACGCCAUGGCGUGCGUGAUGGUCUUGUCCGAGGACAAUGGAAAGCUUGCAGGGCACAUCGUUGCUCAGCACCAGCCAUUAUACGAGACACUGCAGGUUGCUAGGAAAGAUCCCUCGGGCGAGGGCGUUCUAGCCUGCGGUAUCAUUCACAACAUCUUCGUCUCACUCCAGGGCCAGACGCUUGAUCACAACAUUCUCGACGACGCCGAGAUCAUCCCGACUCUAUCAAAGACCAUCUCCGCCAUCACACCCGCCUCAUCAUCUACGACCAACGGGCACGGAGAGGGCUGGUCCAAACCCUUUGAGUACCAAUCUCUCGCUCUUGAGAUCAUCGCCUCCAUCGGGACGAGUCUCAACUCCGCAACCGACGAGCCCGCCCCAGACUCCAAGCACUCUGGACUGGCAGAUGACGAGGAAGGCGACGAUGAGGAUAUGGGCGACAUAGUCGACGAUGCCGACCCGGACGCAAGCACGGCCAACCCCCCAGAGGCGUCAGAGGAGAUGGACGACGACGAGAUGCACGCCGACAUGGACAUGGUCACGGGCGCCGACGACGAAGACGCACAAGCCGGCUCCAUCGACGACGUGCCCGUGCUCAAAGCCCUGCUCGCCCACGCCCUACCAGAGCUCGCCCGCGUGGCCUCCCUCGCGCCCAGCGACCAGGACACCCUCCGCCUGCAGGCCCUCGCCCUCGCCGCGCUCAACAACAUCGCCUGGUCCGUCUCCCUGAUAGACUUUGCCGACGAGCACAACGCCGGCAUCCAGUCCGCGUGGCGACCCACCGGCCGCGCCGUCUGGCAAUCCGUCAUCAGCCCCAUCCUCGCCAGCGACACCGCCGACGUCGAGCUCGCCACGCAGGUCACGAGUCUCGCCUGGGCCGUCGUCCGCACCCUGGGCGCCGACACGCCCCUCCAGGCCGACGACGAGCACCGCAAGUUCAUCACCCUAUACCAGGCCACCCGCACCUCGCCCAACAUGGGCGGCCAAAGCGCCGCGCCAGAGGCGGAUCCCUUCCAGGCGCUCGGUGUCAAGUGCGUCGGUGUCCUCGGCCAACUCGCUAUGCAUCCCGCGCCCGUCUCUCUGAACAGGGAGAUCGGCACGUUUCUGAUGACCAUUUUGUCCUCGCUGCCCGACGCCCCGGCAGCCGAUGCGGUCGAGGCGCUGAAUCAGCUCUUUGACAUGUACGGCGACGAGAGCUACGAGUGCGACAGGGAGGUUUUCUGGAAAGACAACUACCUGAAGCAUCUAGAGGAUAUCGUGCCCAAGGUCAAGGCCAUGGUGAAGGGGGUGGAUAAGAGGAGCCAGGGGGAGCUGAGGGCAAGGGCUGAUGAGGCUGUCACCAACUUGACCAGGUUUUUGGCAUAUAAACGCAAGCACAAGCCGCAAUAA